AUGACAGGUAAGGGAAAAUUAAUCAAAAUAUUUUUUUUUAUUUUUUAUUUUUUAUAUGUCAUAUUGGGCUUGUUAGGGAUUUUAUAAAAGUUUAUAAACUAACUUUAGCGUUUCUUAAUAAAUUAAAGAUCAAUGAAAGAUAUUCAGUGAAAAUUAUAUUACAAAUCUUCCACUGAACUCCCUUUUAAAAAAUCACCAUUUUUUGACUUGUAAAGAAACCAAUUGCCAUUUCUUAUGUUUUAAGGCAAAAACCUUAUAUACUCAACAUUUCACUUAAGCUUAUACUAAACAUUUUAAGCUUUCUAAUCAACAUUUCACCCCACUUUCCCCAUUACAAUACCCCUUUCAGAUAUUACAGUAAACGCGACAACAGAAGAGUUAAAGCGAUGGAUAAUUCAAAAUAAACACAAAUUUCCGCGCGAAAUUCGAGAUUCAAUAACAAACGCGUCAGGAGCCGAAAUUACGGCCGCUUUGUUACGAAUGUUAGGCUUCAAGCCUAUUCAUGCCAAGGCGCCUUUGGCCGCCAUUUUGCCGGAGGCGUUUACAAAAGUCGAUAACUUGCCGGCAAUGAUUGGGAAAGGCGACAAAGCUAUCGCUCAACUUCGAGUUGGCGACAAAAAUGGCAGGGGUAAGAAAUUUGUUGUCAUUUUUGACUUUGUAAAGAAAGUUGUUGCAGUUUUGUUUUGUAAAGAAAGCCCUUGCCACCUUGUAUUGUAAAAAAACUCCUUGUCAUUUUGUUUUGUAAAGAAAGUUUUUGCCAUUUUUUCUUAAACGACCCUAAUUACAGCAUCAGUAUGCCCAUUCGACUCAUCGCCACUAUUGGUUAUGGGCGAAUAUUCUUACUGUAAACCUACAAGCCCAGAAGACUGUCCCACUGGCUAUGUCUGUGACCAAAGUUUUGAGCUGGGCAGGUCAAUUUGCUGCAAAGAAGGAGAUCGACUGCUCAAAACAUUAUCGACCAUCAGAGAGAGAAGUAGGGGAUAUUAUAAUCUACCCUACCCCAUCUUGCCUUAUCCCACCCAAUCCUACGCUACCCUAACCUACACACCUUACCCUAUCCUAACUUACGCUACAUUUCCUGCCCAAUAUUUUUUAUACUUUACCUUUCUUAGUGCAUACAAUAAUAGUAUCGUAACUUUUUCAGAUAACUUUACUCUAACUCAAACUAGUACUGGUUGGAAGAGUAUAGUACCGCCAAAGUCAACCCAAGAAAUGAUUGUUAUUGGUAGUAAAUUCACUACCAAUCCACCAUGGUAUGUUAUCAUACAUAAAAAAUUGCAUUUUCACUAUUUUUUACUUUGAUCAUUUUCGUUGUAAGACUCAAAAUUUAAAUUGUUUUUUUUUAAAUUUUGGGUCUCACCACGAAAACAUUUAGUACGUCCAACUAUAAAAAAUAAUAAAAUUGUUAUAGUUAUAUCUAAAUUUUACUUUUAAGGAACCCAUUCAAGUCCUUAUCUACAGUAAUCCCUGUCAAAAGACCAUUAGAGUCAUUCACAACUGUACCAAUAAGGUAAAACAUAAACAAUGGCAUCGUUUUACAGUUUAUGAAAUUUCAAUAUCAUUUUUUGAAAACAACCUUAUAUCACUUUAGGAAGUUCACAGUAGGCGGAACAGCCACCUUACUACCGUAUACAAUAAAAGGCUCUAAGGGUUUCACAGCUGCGCCUAGCACAACAUUUAAGCCUAAUGAAUGGGACAAACUGUGGUCAACAACUCAAAGCCCAGUUAAGAGCGUGGACGUGGCUGUUAUUCAGACUGGUAGUAGAAAUGACAUGAAAGUAGGCUUGUUUGAAGUUUAGAUUUCAAAACGGUUUAAGCCUAAAAACGUCUUUAGACCUAAAGAUUUUUCUUUAAGCCUAAAAAUGAAGGUUUAAGCCUAAAACGUCAGCUUUAAAACAACUCUUAAAAUCUAAGCCUCAAAGUCCUAGCUUAAGCCUAAAAACGUUUUUGAGCCUAAAAAGCUUGUCUUAAGCCUAUAAUUUUGAAUUUGAGCCUAAAAUUUCAGGAAGACCAGACAGAAGUCGUUGGUGCCAUAACAUUAAUAAAAGACAAUGGUAUGAACGUUCUGGUGGACACAGGGGCAGCCAGUGAGACAGAAAACCUAUUACGAGGCCUAGCUGAACAUGAUGUAUCUCUGGAUGACAUACAUGUUGUUGUAGUCACUCACGCCCAUCCAGGUCACGUUGGAAAUUUGAAUUUCUUUGGGCAAAAACCAAUUCUAUUUCACUCCAAAGAGUUUAUUGGACAUCACGUCACAAAUACAGAACUUUUUGAAGUAAGUCUGUAAGGUUAAGCGUUAUGCCAAUUAAAAAUAAAUAAACUAGCGAAAGUUUAAAAUUUCAAAAAUUUUAAAACGCCAUUUCAGCGACCGUACCGAAAACUCACGCCCAAUAUUGAAGUAUGGAAAACUCCAGGUCAUACUCAACAUGACUUGAGUGUCCUAGUCCACAACGUACCCAAUUAUGGCACCAUGGCCAUUGUUGGUGACCUAAUCCCAGCCGAAGUGAUGUUAUCCCAGAAAAAAGACCCAAUUGUCGAAGAAGGCGUAUGGGAUACGACCAUAAAGCGACAAAAUGCUAAUUUAAUUAUAUGUAUGGCCGACUGGGUGGUGCCUGGGCAUGGUGCACCGUUCAGGGUGCUCGCUGAGUAUCGACAACGCGCUGGCUGCGGAAUGGCCAAACGAAAACGUUAA